CAUCUGUGUCUGAAUUUGGAUGUUUAAACUGUGGUUCAUCCCGCUCUUCUCCCCCCUUCUUUUUUUAAUCAAAACCCACCCAUUUUCUGAGUCUCCUCCCUCUUUAUCUGCUCUCACUCUUCAAAACUUUUUGAAUGGUCAAACCCUAAUCUUAAUUAUUACAAUAAUCUUAUCUUCUGAUUGAUUCUACAUUUUAAGAAUUUUUUUCAUCUGGGUUCUAACCGGAGAUUGUACUCUGUUUGUCUCAUUCUCUCAUUUUGAUACUUUGAGAUUGAGGCAUACAGCGCUCUUCUACUAGGUCGACAUGAACAAGGAAAACAAAGUUGCGACCAAAGUAGAAGAGCCAACUCUUCGAAUUACUAGAGCUCGAGCAAAAGCUCUUGGUACAUCAGGAAGGUUGAUCCAGAAACCUCCCCGGCCUGAACAAAGUCGAGUUGUUGGAGAAACCUCGAAGAGAUCAGCGUCAGAUGAAAACAAAUCGACAACUCAAGCUUCCGGUCUUCAGAAAAAGAGAAGAGCUACACUUACCGAUGUUACCAAUGUACUUUGUGAAAAAUCAUAUGCACGCUGCAUCAAUGGAGGGAGAUUUUCGGCUAGGAUGGAUGCUUGCACUAAAACUAAGCCAGAGAUGAAAGUUUUCACCAGAAAGAAUGUUAAGGUGGCCCCAUCUACCAUGGGAACAAUACAACAUCAUCACAAUGAUGCAAAGGACGGUAUUACUGAAGAUAUAUCAGAAUCGACAGUAGCACCCCUAGAGGUUGCUUGGAGAGCAAAGCAAACAGCUAGGUAUAUUUCUAAGUUGAACGGGGAACAUUAUAAGCCCAAUAAACUGGAAGAUAACUCACAAAUUAAUUGGAUCUCAAGUGAAAUAAGAGAGAGGCUUGUGACCGAACAAGUUCUUCAGAAAGAGGAAAAACAUCAUGAUGAAACAGGAACUUCAAAGGAUCCAACUAUUAUAGAUAUUGAUUUGAACCAAAAGGAUCCUUUGAUGUGCAGCCUCUAUGUUUCAAAUAUAUAUGAGAACAAACGUGUAACCGAGCUUGAUCAAAGGCUUUAUAUUGACUACAUGGAAAAGGUGCAAUGUGACAUCACUCCAAGCAUGAGAGGUAUACUCAUUGACUGGCUUGUGGAGGUCUCUGAAGAAUACAAGUUGGUACCCGACACGCUUUACCUGACUGUAAAUCUCAUUGAUCGCUAUCUAUCUGGAAAUUACACGGAAAAGCAGAAACUGCAGUUGCUGGGAGUAACAUGCAUGUUGAUUGCCUCAAAGUAUGAAGAAAUGAAUGCCCCGCAAGUUGAAGACUUUUGUUACAUCACCGCCAACACUUAUGCUAGAGAAGAGGUACUGAAAAUGGAGAGGAAAAUUCUGAACUUUCUCUGCUUUCAACUAUCUGUUCCCACCAUCAAAACAUUUUUGAGGAGAUAUAUGCAUGCAGCUCAAGCCACUUGCAAGGAUAAGUUGGUUGACUUAGAGUUCUUGGCAAAUUACUUAGCAGAACUAACUCUUGUAGAAUACAGCUUUUUUAGAUUCCUCCCUUCACUUAUUGCUGCAUCUGCAGUAUUCCUUGCCAAAUGGACUCUUGAUCAAUCUAAUGAUCCAUGGAAUCCAACAUUAGAGCAUUAUACUGGCUACAAGGCUACGGACCUCAAAGUUACAGUAAUUGCAAUGCAAGACUUACAGCUAAACACCAUUAAUUGCCCACUCAACGCAAUUCGUGAGAAGUACCCGGCAUGACAAGUUCAAUUGUGUGGCUAACCUGUUAUCCCCGAAUCCUGUACAAUCACUUUUCUGAAGUGGAAAAAUGUAGCUGAUCGGAUCUUGUACAAGCUAAGUUAAGAUAUUUAUUCGUUAACGGUGAGAAUGGUUGAUCUAUCUAACCACAGUUCACAGCCAUUUGCCAAAGUAUCCUUCCUUCCUCCUUUUUCUUACGUUAUAAUUCUUUCAUCUGUUUAGUUUUUUUGUUGUAACGUGCAUAACUGUUAAGUUCUGCCUCUCGCAGACUGUUUUGUAGGCUUCAGGAGCACUCAACUUUUACACUGGGUUGCAUAAUAUGAACAUCUGUAACUAUAUUUGCAAAUUAGUAUAUUCGUAAAUAUACUUUUCAUUUUUAUUAUUUUUAUUUAUUUUGAGCUAUGCAUUUCAUCUACGUCCAACAAAAGGCCUGUUAAUUCAGUCUAAAAUUUUUACUUGAAUAAGCGGAUUUUUGUUUUGUUAAUUGGCUUAAUUAAUUGAUGUGUAAACGUGACCUGAAAUAAGCCAUUUUGUCAAUGAAUUUUUAAUGGUCAAUAUAAUAUU